UAAUUGAAGUAAUCAACUAACUCAUUCGUGGUUGACUGUUUGUCUGAUAAAGUCGUCUCAUUAUAUUAUAAACAUGAUCACGGUGAUAUUCAUUUCUACGGCUAUUUUAAUGAGCCUUAUCUCUUGGUUGAUGUUGUUGUGGGACUACUAUAAAUCAAAUAUUCCAGGACCUCUGCCCCUACCCAUAUUAGGAAAUGCCCAUAUGAUGGCUGUGGACGCACAGAAGCUUUUAAUAGUUAUGAAAGAAUUGGCUGAAAAAUAUGGCAGCGUGAAUUCGGUAUUUCUAUUAUCUAAUCGAUACAUGAUAAUAUCGAACCCCAACUUUGCAGAAGCCUUACUUUCAAGCACAGAGUUUAUUGACAAAGGACGGUCCUAUAACUUUUUGAAGCCCUGGCUUGGUUAUGGACUUCUUACUGCUACAGGACAACGUUGGAAAACACAUCGCAAAUUUUUGACACCAACCUUACAUUUUAAUAUUUUACAAAACUUUUUGCCAGUAUUCUGUAAAAAUGAAAAGAUAUUAGUUGGUAAGUUAAGAAAACUGGCAGAUGGAAAAUCGAUAGAUGUGUUUCCAAUCAUAGCACUAGCUGCUUUGGAUAAUGUCACAGAGUCUAUAAUGGGCGUUUCAAUGAAAAUACAAACUGACACAGAGUCCAAAUAUGUAAAAGCUAUAGAGUGCACCUCAAACAUAAUGUCAAGUAGAAUGAGAAAUUCCUUUUUAGCAAUUGACGCUGUAUUUAAUUUAACACCUUUGAAAAAAAGACAAGAUGAAGCAUUGAAAAUACUUCACAGUCAGACGAAGCAAGUUAUUAACGCACGGCGAAAGGAAAUAAAAAAAUCUAAUACUGAAACUAUAACCGAUCCUUCAAAGAUAGGUAUAAAAAAUAAACACGCGUUUUUGGAUUUACUACUACUUGCUGAAAUAAAUGGAAACAAAAUUGAUGAUGAACAUGUUCGCGAGGAAGUUGACACAUUUAUGUUUGAGGGCCACGAUACAACGACUUCUGGAAUCGCAUUUAGUUUGUACUGCUUAUCACAAUACAAGGAUAUCCAGGAAAAACUAUAUGACGAACAAAAAAGUAUAUUUGGUGAUGAUUUGGAAAGAGAUCCCUCUUAUUCCGAGCUUCAACAAAUGAAAUAUUUAGAAAUGGUUCUAAAAGAAGCUCUUCGAUUGUAUCCGUCGGUGCCACUUAUUGAACGCAAAAUAAUUAAAAGAACUGAUAUUACAGGAUUUCACAUACCUGUUGAUACAUCUGUGAUUAUAAAUAUAUUCCAAAUGCAACGCAGUCCAGAAGUAUUUGAAGAUCCAAUGGUCUUCAAGCCAGAACGUUUCGAUUCUUCAGUCCAUAGAAAUGCCUUCAGUUGGAUACCGUUUAGUGCCGGACCCAGAAAUUGUAUUGGUCAAAAAUUUGCUAUGAUGGAACUGAAGAUUAUUGUCGCAGGUAUAAUAAGACGGUUUCAUCUGAUGCCAUCCUCGGUCGAACCAGAGUUGGUUCCAGAACUCAUUCUACGUUCAAGAAAUGGAGUUUAUGUGAAAUUUCUGCCCAGGGACUAGAUUAUGAGCGAAGCGAGCGAUGUUUGUAACGCGAUGACUUCGGAACCAUUGCUCUGAUAUUAAUGCAAUUUAAAUUUAAUGUAGGGUCUGUCAAUAUAAUUUUUAGUUUAAGUAGGUGGGCAGGGAAUUAAAAUUAGUUAAGUAGUUUUUGAGAUACUUACAAUUUUGUAAAAAAAAAUUAAAGUGUUUUUGAGGUCUAAUUUGCGGAAAACAACUAGUUUAAAAAUAAUUAUUGCCCGCAAUUCCAUUUACCGUACAAGUUCACUGACAAUCUCAAUACUGUAAUGCCCAAGGAGUGGUGGGAGAGAAAUUUUAUACACAUUUUUUAUAUUGGACCAAGCGUAUCAAAUCAGCAUUCAAAUCGGAGCAAUAGUUUGCGCGUUAUGCGAGUACAAACGUACAGAUAGAC